AUGUGCAACCUCCAUGCCCUAGUAAGGGCGCCUGGAUAUAGUAUUGCAACAGCCACACGGGCCCAAGCAGCGGCCUGGAGCGCGCGCCUGGGAGCCGGUCCCUGUGCACAGAGUGCUGGUGCAGGACGCGCCUGCCUGAUAAGUGACGGCCCAGCCACGCCGCCGCCAAGUCCGGCCUGCGCGCGCCCGGCCGAGAUCCACGUACAUGCACACGCGCGGGAGCGCGGGAGCCCGCGUCCACGGUUCAAGGCAGAUCCUCGAACGAGUCUGCACACCGAGCCCUCUGCGCCGAAAACAGAUCAGGGUGGAGAAGGGGAGGCGGGCGCUCAGAGGGGAGCGGGUGCCCGAGACCGCGCGCCGGCAUCCGCUCGUCCCCUUCUUAAGUCCCGCCCCACCCCGCCCACUCUAUCUCCCGCGCGCGGGCUCCGCGCGCACCAAGUGACGCGCGUGCGCGCGCGUGCGCAGGCCAAGACUCUUCGGGGACGGCCCCUCAGCCUCCAACGAAAGCAUCGGCAAGCUGGCGUGCACGCGUCCCGUCCUGGAGGGACCGUGUCCGCCUUCCGCUCUCCAGUUGAGAGCUUUCACCGGAAAGUGGCGCGGCGGCCAUUGCUAGGUUUGCGCCACGGGGACGCGGCCAGCGCCGCUUAUGUAAGUUUGGCUCGUGCCGGACAUCCCCGCUCUGCCGUGGCAGCGUUGUCCAAGAGGUUUGAAGACGCGUUCCGAAGAGGCGGCGUGGUUCUAAAGGAGUUUUUCAUCAGUAUGUCUGAAACCAUUAAAUACAAUGACGAUGAUCAUAAAACUCUGUUUCUGAAAACACUAAAUGAACAACGUCUGGAAGGAGAAUUUUGUGAUAUUGCUAUCGUGGUUGAAGAUGUGAAAUUCAGAGCACACAGAUGUGUCCUCGCCGCCUGCAGCACCUACUUUAAGAAGCUCUUUAAAAAACUUGAAGUUGAUAGCUCUUCAGUAAUAGAAAUAGAUUUUCUUCGUUCUGAUAUCUUUGAAGAGGUCCUGAACUACAUGUACACCGCAAAGAUUUCUGUCAAAAAAGAAGAUGUCAACUUAAUGAUGUCAUCAGGGCAGAUUCUUGGAAUCCGAUUUUUGGACAAACUCUGUUCUCAGAAGCGUGAUGUUUCUAGUCCCGAUGAGAAUAACGGCCAGUCCAAAAGCAAGUACUGCCUGAAAAUCAACCGCCCUAUUGGUGAUGCUGCAGAUGCCCAGGACGACGACGUCGAGGAGAUUGGAGAUCAGGACGACAGUCCUUCUGAUGACACAGUAGAAGGCACCCCGCCGAGCCAGGAGGAUGGCAAGUCGCCCACCACCACGCUCAGGGUGCAAGAAGCAAUUUUGAAAGAGCUGGGGAGUGAGGAAGUUCGAAAAGUGAAUUGCUACGGCCAGGAAGUAGAAUCCAUGGAGACACCAGAAUCAAAAGACUUGGGGUCCCAGACCCCUCAGGCCUUAACCUUUAAUGAUGGAAUGAGUGAAGUGAAAGAUGAGCAGACCCCAGGCUGGACGACAGCCGCCAGUGACAUGAAGUUCGAGUAUUUGCUCUAUGGGCACCGGGAGCAGAUUGCCUGCCAAGCCUGUGGCAAGACCUUCUCAGAUGAAGGCCGGCUGAGGAAGCAUGAGAAGCUGCACACGGCAGACAGGCCAUUCGUCUGUGAAAUGUGCACAAAGGGGUUUACCACCCAGGCCCACCUGAAGGAACACCUCAAAAUCCACACGGGCUACAAGCCCUACAGCUGUGAAGUUUGUGGCAAGUCGUUUAUCCGGGCCCCGGACCUGAAGAAGCACGAGCGUGUGCACAGCAAUGAAAGGCCCUUUGCGUGCCACAUGUGCGACAAAGCCUUCAAGCACAAGUCGCACCUCAAGGACCACGAGCGGAGGCACCGAGGGGAGAAGCCGUUUGUGUGUGGCUCGUGCACCAAGGCCUUCGCCAAGGCGUCGGAUCUGAAGCGGCAUGAGAACAACAUGCACAGCGAGAGGAAGCAGGUGACCCCCAGCGCCAUCCAGAGCGAGACAGAACAGUUGCAGGCGGCCGCCAUGGCCGCAGAGGCCGAGCAGCAGCUGGAGACCAUAGCCUGCAGCUAG